ACUCGACCCUGUAAUUAUUUGUCGCCAACUUCUUCCGAAAUUUAGAAAUUUAUGAAUGCACUAAUAUUAUGGACCCUUAUUCCGAUGUUAUUGCAAAUCAGCCCGUUGUAAUAGACAACGGGUCUGGUCUUAUCAAAGCAGGAUUCGCUGGAGAUCAAAUACCAAAACACCAUUUCCCAAAUUUCAUAGGUAGACCUAAACAUGUUCGUGUUAUGGCAGGUGCUCUUGAGGGGGAUGUUUUCCUUGGACCUGACGCAGAGGAACACAGAGGUCUAUUAACAAUAAAAUAUCCUAUGGAACAUGGUAUUGUACAAGAUUGGAAUGAUAUGGAAAGAAUCUGGCAGUAUAUAUAUUCCAAAGACCAACUACAAACAUUCUCAGAAGAGCAUCCAGUUCUACUGACAGAAGCCCCAUUAAAUCCUAGAAGAAACAGAGAAAAGGCUGCAGAAAUAUUCUUUGAAACUUUUAAUGUCCCAGCUUUAUUUAUAUCCAUGCAAGCAGUUUUAAGUUUGUAUGCUACAGGAAGAACAACCGGUGCAGUACUAGACUCUGGUGAUGGUGUAACACAUGCUGUCCCUAUAUAUGAAGGAUUUGCUAUGCCACAUAGUAUUAUACGGUCAGAUAUAGCUGGUAGAGAUGUCACUAGAUAUCUCAGAUUGUUACUGAGAAAAGAAGGACAUAAUUUCCACACAUCUGCAGAACUAGAAAUUGUUAGAACUAUUAAACAGAGAGCCUGUUAUUUAUCUUUAAAUCCAUUAAAAGAAGAAUCAAUGGAAGGAGAAAAAUCCCAGUAUACAUUACCUGAUGGCAGUUCUAUAGAGUUAGGGCCAUCUAGAUUUAGAGCACCAGAAUUACUAUUUAGACCUGAUUUAAUUGGAGAAGAAUUUGAAGGAAUCCAUGAAGUUCUGACAUACGCAAUACAGAGAUCUGACAUGGACUUACGGCGAAUAUUGUACUCAAAUAUAGUAUUAUCUGGAGGCUCAACUUUAUUUAAAGGUUUUGGAGAUCGUUUGUUGAGUGAAGUAAAGAAAAUAACACCAAAAGAUAUAAAGAUUAGGAUUUCUGCACCACAAGAAAGACUUUAUUCAACAUGGAUAGGGGGAUCUAUUUUAGCUUCACUGGACACAUUUAAGAAGAUGUGGGUAUCAAAAAGAGAAUAUAAUGAAGAUGGAUUUAAGGCCAUACACAGAAAAACUUUUUAGCUGACUUAGUGAUUUAGAAUUUUAAUUUAUCAGUCAUGUAAAUAUUUUACCUUGGUCUCAUUUUGGGGCAGAAGAGGAAGUGUAUUGCUUCAUUGUUACUAUUUUUGUAAAAUUUAAAGUUUUUUUUCUAGUGGUACACUGUUAAACAAUUUAAAAAAAAUAUUAUGCAAGAUUGAAAAAGACUAAAACAUGAGUUCAAUAAAUAAGGGAGUUCAUAGAUUAAUUUAACAAAGUGAUAAAAACAAAUGCAAAAUCAUGUCUGCCAGUUCAUUUUAUUUAAAAAAAUCCAUAAUGAAAAUCGUCAAAGGAAUACGAACUUUAAUUGAUCAUAUAAUCAUUAAAGAGACCAGGUUGUCAAUACAAAAUUAAUUAGAAGCUUAGCUUGAGAUUUGUCUUUUUUGGGGAACAAAACUUUGCUGAAUGGGGAAUGUGUUGUUGUGCAUAUGAAAUGUAAAGUAUAGUCAUUUCUUAUAUUUAUGAUUCUCUGUACUGUAAGCUUCAAUAUGAUAAAUAUACACACACAAAAAAAAAGUUGUGCCCAAAAAUUAGAAAAUACUUUGAUUUUUAGGCAUGUUUAAAUAAAAGUUACAUAAAUUAAAAAAAAUGCUUCUAAAACAACUACAGAAUAUUGCAUGAUAGGAUUAUUUAAAUAUUUUGCUAUAAGUCAAACAUGUUAUGCAUGAUUUGAUUGACAUAUAUGUCCCAUAUGCACAACAUAUUUUAUAUAGUGUAUUUUUUCAAAAGUGCUUAUAUCAUAAUCUGUGAAAAAAAUUUGGAUUGCAUAUAUUUUAUUGGAGAAUAGAAUUGUAUAAAAGAAAAAUGUUUUUGAACAGUUAACAAGUUCAGACAUGAUCAGCUCUAUCUGAAAUUCAGAAAAUUUCAUAAAAAUUGUAAGAUGUUCUGCUUACUAUUCACUAAUUGCCUAAAGUUUACAGUAAGAAAUUCAAAAUGGCUGCUGUCAGAGCAAUUCUUAAUGAGACCAAUGGUUUAUUUAUGUUUGUCAUGGAUGAACGCUACAUUUAUCAUGUUAUAUAUGUGCUAUUUAUGGCAAGGUGUUUUAUCAUAGUUUUUUUGUAACUUAGCUACCUGAUGAAAUUAGAUGAUAACUUUUUAAUACUUUAUAGCUUAUAUUCUGUUGAUUUAUAUACUUAUACUGCCUUUUCCCCUCACCUUCAUGAUGUUUAAAGAUUUUAACCAUAUUACUGAUUCACAAAUGUUAGGAUAUUCUAGUCUUUUUGUUGGUAUGUGUUGCUGAUUGUAUUUCUGUUUAAUGCGCAUUUCAAUCGUUUAUCGAAAGAUGUAACAGUAUUUUUUGUAAACAAUUUUUUUUUGGCUUAUCAACCAUAAGUUUACAAUUUGUCUCUCUUAAUGUCAAAUGACUUUUGAAUUAAAAAAAAAACUUGAUACCAAAAUUUCAAAGUCAACUCCUAGAGUAUUCCAAUGUAAAUGGUUAUUCCUUUAAAAUGACAACAAAUAAUAGAUAUUUUACAGAAAUCAAUGUCAGUACUACACAAGGAAAGGAAUAAUCAAUACAUUCUCUCUGCAAGAAAAUAUCUAAGUCAACCAAGAACCUACUCAAAUUCAUGUUACAUGUUGGUAUAUGCAAAUACCUUUUGUUACAGUGCCAGUUAUAUAAUAUUUUUGCAAAGGAUCAAUUAAAAUAAGGGAUUUUAUAUGCUAUAUACACUUUAAGCCUUAAAGCAUAUUAGUCAAGAUUUAAAGAGUGCAAACAUGACAAAAGGUUGUAAUGUGUGUAAACUAUAUCUGUAUAGCUUUAAUGUGCCUUUGAUAUGACUUCUGUUAGGCUCUGGUUUGCUUACAUUCAGUUUUGUAGCAUACAAUUUAGUUUCGUAAGAAACAACACCCAAUUUAUUGGGUGAGGUUAAAAUACAGGGGGUAAAAUGAAUACCUAAGUAUUCAUAGAAGACAAAACCACAAAUUUAAAUGUUAAUUUUAUUUUAAAAUUUCAAUCUUUCAAUGAAUGUAUGCGAUGCUUUGGAAUAUGUGCAGAUUUCGUCCUAAUUAACAGCAGUUUUCAGGGCCAAUCAAUUGUACUAAUUUUAAAGGGGCCUUCCCAUAACAAAAAUGUAAACAUGCAAGUAUAGGAUUCUGUCUAAUGAUUAGGUUAAAUAAACCAGUUAUGCAGUCAUAUAAACAGGAAAAGAAAAGGAUUUAUAUAGAAAGAUUUUCUUUUCAUCAAUAAUUCUGUGAAGUAUUGUAAUGAAAAAGGAGUAAUAUUUAAGAACUACUUGAUAAAUACUUUAUGAGAGUAAACAAAGGUCUUUGGCAUACUAAAUUUUAUUUAUCCGCUUUCUUAUGAUAAGUUAAUAUACUCCAGCUAGAUUUUAAAUUUGUUUAGACUUUAAGAGAGACUAUAAUAUAUUGUUGGUGGCUGGUUUUGAGAUUUUUAAAAUUAAUGGUGUGUCCUUCUAUCUCCUGACAAAAGAGUGUAAAAUCUGGGAUUAAAGAUGAGAUGUUUUAUCUUAACCCUUUAUAGAAAUUUAUCAAACCUUAACUAUCUCUGUAGAGUAUAGAUAUAAAGGAAAAAUGGUAACCAAUGACGGUUGUGUAUAUCCUUCAUCAAAACCAUUAUCAAAAAGAGAUUAUUUAUACAAUGAUUGAAUGCUUUUGUUUUAUAAAUUUGAAUAUUUCUGUGAUAACAUAAAGGAAAUAGAUGACAAAAAUAACAUAUAAAUAGACUCAGUUCUGUUUUAAGUCUGUUAUCAUUAUUUCAGUUCUUCUAUAGUCAGGAUAUUUUUAAUACAAAAAACGAACAAAGAAAAAUAAUACAUGUAAACGAGAAAAAAAAUAGAAAAAUUGGUGUGUAUAAUUGGAACACUCUGUCUUCUCCUCUUAAGCCUAUAUAUUGUAAGAAUGAUAAGUUAUUGAAAUAGUGUAGAUUGAUUAGGGAUGCAAAAGAAUUAUUGAAAGUUUCACGCUUGCCAGUGAACAAAUUUAAUAUUUUGUAUAUAUAUGGUGUAGAAUCUCCAUAUAAACUAAAUUGUAUGUGCAAUAUUGCAUCCAUGGGUGAACUGUCAUGUCAAAUACAUCAUAAUAAAACAAAACCUAUAAAUAUUAA